AUGGCAUCCUGGACAGCAGAGUCUCACCUGGGGGUGAAUCCCUUCCUGAAACGUGUGUACGAGGCUUCUACUGCGGCCGAGUCUCGCGAUCUCUACAACGAAUGGGCCAAGCAGUAUGACAAAGACCUCGAAGCUGAAGACUACGCUUUCCCCCAGAUCGCGGCGCAGGCCCUUUCCGAGGCAUUGAGCCGCCGACCCGAUAGUAUCGGGACGCAGCUAGAGAAUGUCUCGAUACUUGACGCUGGAUGUGGAACGGGUUUGGUGGGAAUACAGCUAUCGAGGUUCGGUGCGCGAAACAUUACCGGCUUAGACAUCAGUCCCGGCAUGCUCGACGUGGCUCGGAAAACGGACGUCUACAGCGCGUUGGAGGAGGCUGAUCUCUCCAAGCCGAUCGCGAAAACGGACAACUCGGUAGACGCGGUCAUCUGCGUGGGGACCUUGACUCGCGGGCACGUUGGACCAAAGCCGGUGCUCGAGGAAUUUGUGAGGAUCGUGAAGAAGGAGGGAGUCAUCGUUGCUACUGUGCUGGAUGACAUAUGGGAAAGUGGAGGGUUCAAGGACGAGCUGGAACGCUUGCGGUCUGAGGGCAAGGUUCAGGUGUUACGCUCAGAUGUUGUAGGUGUGAGAGCAUCGUCAAACGUGGGUGGCAGGCUGCUGGUGCUACGGAAGUGCUAG